AACCCACCCUAACACACACCUCCAACAACGUUAAAUUUUGUGUUGCCCACAAUGUCUAAAACGAAUGUAAGAAGAAAUGGUGUGGAGAAGUGCAGGAGUGUGAAAGAGACACAGAAAAUAUUGAACCACAACUUUUUCAGCAGAAACCUGAAGAAAGUGUACCCCAUUGGCCUUCAGAAAAGCACUUCAUCUUUGUCUCUGUCUUCCAUAUCCUUGUCUCUGUCACAAAACUCCAAUGACUCUUCUCAGGCUGAUUCUUUGACACCACUCGAUGAGAAGAUUUCCUUCGCACUGCGUUUGAUUUCAUCUCGUGAUACAACAGAACCUACAAUAGCUUCUAAGCCUCUUCACCAACACCAACCACCAACUUCACCAUCCACCACUGAAACUGGGGAUUUCAAAAGAUGUAACUGGAUCACCAAGAACAGUGAUAAUGCCUACAUAGAAUUUCAUGAUGAAUGCUGGGGAGUUCCAGCUUAUGAUGACAACAAAUUGUUUGAGCUGCUUGCAAUGUCUGGAUUGCUCAUGGACUACAAUUGGACAGAAAUUCUUAAAAGAAAAGAAACUCUUAGAGAAGUUUUCGCUGGAUUUGAUGCUAAUACUGUUGCCAAAAUGGAGGAAAAGGAUAUAAUGGAAAUUGCAUCAAACAAAGCACUUUCUUUAGCCGAUAGCAGAGUCAUGUGCAUAGUAGACAAUGCCAAAUGCAUAACAAAGAUUGUUAAAGAAUGUGGAUCAUUCAGCAGUUACAUAUGGGGUUACGUAAAUCAUAAACCAAUAAUAAACAGAUACAGAUACCCAAGAAAUGUGCCAUUGAGGAGUCCGAAAGCAGAGAUCCUUAGCAAGGACUUAGUGAAGCGUGGAUUUCGGUUCGUGGGUCCUGUCAUUGUGCACUCUUUUAUGCAAGCUGCAGGCUUGACCAUUGAUCAUCUUCUCGAUUGCUAUAGGCAUAAUGAAUGCGUCAGCCUUGCAGAAAGACCUUGGAGGCAUAUCUAACAUGCAACCACACCCUCCUUCACUCUUUUACACAAUUUCUUGCACAUCUCAAUUCAUAUUCAAGUAACAUGUGAUUGAGAUUUAUUACUUCUUUUUUUUAUCAUAAACUCAAAAUUUUGAUUAUGCUUGUCAUGUGAAGUUAUAAAUAUGAACUGAUGUAAUAAUUCUUUUAAAUUUUCAACCAAAUAGAG